GUGUGUAUGUGUGUAGGCUACAUGUGUGUGUUGCCUGGCAUCUAGAGUGCCGGGAGAAUGUGUGCGCCUCCUCAUGCGCCAGCCUCUAAAAGUCUCCACUCCUACGGGCGGUUGUUCUUUCUUUCUUCAUCAUCAUCGCGUUUUGGUCAUUUUUGUCUCACCUUGCCACUGACGCUUGAAUGUUGAUACAACGACGCGCAUGCGUUGCUCUCGGAAUCAUUUGUGCAGCCUAAGUUUGCAUCCCUGAGAUCUUGUGGUCAAAGUCGUCGGCAGGAUCCGAGUUAGUGAUGUGGACUACUCUGGACCGCGGAUGCUGGGGAGUCUCGUGCUUGUCCUUGCUGGCGAGUGUGGUCUGCGGGGCGCAAAGCGCUAACGAGCCUAGCAACAUGUCCUAUGUGAAAGCCACCGUGGACAAGCUGCUGAAGGGCUAUGACAUCCGUCUGCGGCCUGAUUUUGGAGGCGCCCCCGUGGACGUAGGCAUGAGCAUAGACAUCGCCAGCAUUGACAUGGUGUCUGAAGUCAACAUGGACUACACCAUCACCAUGUACUUCCAGCAGUCCUGGAGAGACAAGCGCCUCUCCUACACAGGCAUUCCUCUCAAUCUCACCCUGGACAACCGUGUGGCAGACUCGCUGUGGGUCCCUGACACUUACUUUAUUAAUGACAAGAAGUCCUUUGUACAUGGGGUGACGGUGAAGAACCGGAUGAUCCGACUGCAUCCCGAUGGAACUGUGCUCUACGGUCUCAGGAUCACCACGACAGCUGCCUGCAUGAUGGACCUGCGCAGAUACCCACUGGAUGAGCAGAACUGCACCUUGGAGAUUGAGAGCUAUGGAUACACCACUGACGACAUUGAAUUCUACUGGCAGGGAGGAAGCAACGCCGGCUCAGUUACUGGGGUGGAGAACAUCGAGCUGCCCCAGUUCGACAUCAUAGACUACCAAACGCUCUCCAAGAAAGCUGUGUUUGCUACAGGCUCUUAUCCACGGCUGUCCCUGAGCUUUAAGUUGAAGAGGAACAUUGGCUAUUUCAUCCUGCAAACCUACAUGCCCUCCACCCUGAUCACCAUCCUGUCCUGGGUCUCCUUCUGGAUCAACUAUGAUGCCUCGGCUGCUAGAGUAGCCUUAGGUAUAACUACGGUGCUGACCAUGACCACCAUCAAUACCCACCUUAGGGAGACUCUACCCAAGAUCCCCUACGUCAAGGCCAUUGACAUUUACCUUAUGGGUUGCUUUGUCUUUGUCUUUCUGGCCUUGCUGGAGUACGCCUUUGUCAACUACAUCUUCUUCGGUCGAGGUCCUCACCUGCAGAAGAAGGUGGCAGAAAAGGCCGCCAAGUCCAACAACGAAAACAAGAGCAGACUGGAGAGCAACAAAGUGCAGGUUGAUGCCCAUGGCAACAUCCUCCUGACCAACCUAACCAGCGAGAUGAGUGGAGCAGACAUGAUGGGCGUUCUCAACGACCCUCGGGCUACCAUGUUCUCUUACGACAGCGCCAGCAUACAGUACCGCAAGCCGAUGGCCAGCCGAGACCUGUACGGACGACCGGCCAUCGACCGGCCAAUGGGCCACAAGAAGGGUCGCUUGCGGAGGAGGGCCUCGCAGCUCAAAGUCAAGAUCCCGGACCUCACGGAUGUCAACGCCAUAGACAAGUGGUCCCGUGUCAUCUUCCCAAUUGCAUUCACCUUCUUCAACUUGGUCUACUGGCUUUACUAUGUCAAUUAGGGUGGCAGCGGUGGCGAGCCUGUGCAGAAGCACCAAUGUUAAUGGUUUGAUGGAAAAUCUACCUAGAUCUUGUACAGCAAUGAAAAUGAAGAAGCGUUCAGUCCAUUUGUACAAAUCCUGUUUUGGAAUGAGUAGUACUGGAUGUCUUUACAAUGUACAUACAAUUUAAUAUAUAAUAUAUAAAUAUAUAUAUAUAUAUAACAGAGGUAUAAUUUAUUAAAAAUCCUAUCACUUUUGCUGUACUCAUCCAUACAAAAUAGAUAGAUACAAUAAUGGAAUUUAAGACAAAGUAUAGAUAUGUUAUUUCUAAGUUCAAACUUGCCAAAAAGACUUUGGUGACUCCGAAGAUGCAGGCAAUGAUCUUUCCUUUCCUAUCUCUUUUUCUUACCUUCUGUUAUCUCACUUUUUGCAUGUGAAUGGAACACAACCUAUUGUUUGCUUAAUGUAAAACAAAAAACAAGAAAAAAGGAAUCCCAGUGCAAAACGUGUACAGGAGGUACAUAAAACCUUUAACAUGAUCUUGUGACUGAAGCUAGUCCAACUAAUUAACAGAAGAUGUUUGGUUGAAUUCUACGAAGCUCCUAAAGGGACAUGGGGAA